UUUGAAGGCCUACUGUUGCUUUCUUCAGAGUUGGAGAAAGAAAGAGAACAUGACUGACAGUUGACUUGAAUAUGAGUAGUCUCCAAAUGACCCGACUCAGAUAAGAUUUCAAACCUGCCAUAUAUUGUCUUCAGAUUGCUCUCUGGAUGACCUUGGAAACUGAGCAUGGGUGUGACAAUCAAGUCAGAGCAAGCAUUGUAGAAGAACCUGAAGGAGAGAUGGUAGGGCAUUUCAUGGUCUGCGUCGACGGGAUCAUCGCCUCGGCGGCGUGCUUCGAACCCGUGAAUCCCGGCGGUUCUCCUCAGGCGGACGGCGGGGCGGUGGAGGAGGGCUGCUCGGUAAGCAGGACGGCCAUCGCCGGUCACAAGAAGAAGGGAGGUGAGAUGAUCGAGUGCAGAAUAUGCCAGGAGGAAGGGGACGAGUGCGACAUGGAAACCCCUUGCGCUUGUAAUGGAACCCUCAAGUUUGCCCACAGGAAAUGUAUUCAGAAAUGGUGCAAUAAGAAAGGGAAUAUCACUUGUGAAAUCUGCAACCAGGUUUUUGCCCCAAAUUAUUCUGUUCCCCCAAGCAGACCCAGUCCCGAUGUAAUUGCUAUUGACAUCAGGCAAAGUUGGGGUUCACGGUUUGAUCUUCGUGAUUCCCAUUUUCUCGCCAUAACUGCUGCAGAGCAGGAGUUACUAAAUGCAGAAUAUGAGGAUUAUGCAGCUGCAAGUGCCAGUGGAAUUGCCUGUUGCCGCACUGUUGCUUUAAUUUUGAUGCUUUUGUUGCUUGUUCGACAAAUUUUUAAUUCGUCGAGGGAAGUUGGACUGAUGCAGGACAUAUCGGCAUUGUUCAAUGUAAGAACUUUUUUCUAUCUUUUGAAAUAUCAAUGUUAUGUUAUAGAACUUACUGCCAACGUGUCUCUUAACAUGAAGAAUCACAUUGCUCACUUCCUUUUUUCCCCCCAACUAGAAUAAUUUCUAGUAGGAUGAAAUCCUACAUAGAUAACAGUCUAAGUCCAUCCUGUACAUAUUCCUUAUGGAAACUGCAAAAAUAAUUUAUAUAUUUUAUUUCCUCGAAGUAGAGUUGCAGUGAAGUUGCCUUGCAGUGUUAUUUUUGGUGUUUGGAAUGGUAGUUCUUCUGUUCAUGUGCACUAGGAAAUAGGUUAUGGUUCUAUUUUUGUUUCCUACGAGAGCCGGCUACUGAACAAGAGCAAGAUGCUAUAAAUAAUAAGUCAGAAGAUGAUCAUUUGAGAUUGAAUUCUCUGACCUUGCAAAAUCUGGUGCCAUUGAGGUAAUGAUCUGUGUUGGUGCAAGUUAUGUCAUGAAUGCAAUUCAAAUGUUUAUUAUGGUUUCGUAUCCCAUUGCUGUUAUAUUUUUUUCUUGAGAAAUCUAAAAUCUUUGGUCAUAUAC